AUGUCGCAUACUUCUAUCACAAACCCCUGGGAUCUUGACCAUUACGAGCCGCCCGUCGAUGAGGAUGAGUGGUACCAAGAAGAGCUCAAGAAAGAGGACGUCAGGUCGAUGAAGAGCGGGUCGAGCAGGCAUUCAAGCGCCCUGGGGUCUUCUAGGGACGAAGAGCAAGAAGGGUCCUCUGCUGUCGUUUCCUUCCAGCCGAACAAGGCUAAAGAGGAGCAGAAAAUUUGCCCUGACUGCCAUCUGAGCCUUAGGAGACCCAAGAUCAGGCCGUCCAGCGAGAGCAGGACCAACACCUCGCACACUGAGGAGGAGGACGACGACGAAGAGGACGUUUGUAUCUGCACUCCUUGCAAGCUCUGCAAUAAGCACAUGUGCGGCCUUGCUACCAAGAAGAUGAAAGACCCUCGACGAGCUGACGAGCUGCGGGCGCAAAUUCAUUCCAGGAUGAGCCAUUGGAGGAAACGGCAGGAGUUGUGGAAGGCUCAAGUUCUAACGCCCGGACGGGACAGUUUUGUCGAAGUCAGGCAGUUGGAAAUCGACACAGGAAGGAUGGAGCACAGCAAGACUUGCUCGUGUGCUGUCUGCCGAUCAACGGUGGAAGCCUGGGCGGAUGCUCUCGAGGAGCGAUGCAUGAGGGUGCAGAGACGAAGCAUCGCGUCCAAGUGGCGGGGGAUGCGAAACCCAACAGAUACAGUCUGCUAUGCGGACCCCGAACACUUCGCAUAUGAGGAAACGAUCCCUUGA